AUGACCAAAAUACUGCUGGGCACACUUGCUACGGAGCUGUUGCUCCACGUAUUUCACUCCUGCAGCUCAGUCGCCGAUGUUCUGAACCUCUCCUUAACCUGUCGUCGCCUGCAUGAUGUAUUCUCUGCUUCGCAAAAGCUUCCCAUACUUGCCAACGCCGUGGAGGCCGAGUUUGGGCCCCUGGAAGAUAUAAUACAACUGGUCACUCAAAAUACCAGCCAGCCUACGCAUGUAUCUCGUGAGGCACCGAUAUCCCUCGCUUUGAUCCAACAAGCUGUCGAAGUUGGCCGCGUGGCCAAGAAAUGGGAGGUGAUCUAUCCAAUCAAGAAGUGGAAGGUGGAUUUUGAAAAUCGUCGAGUUUUGGACACCCAUGAAUGUUUCGUGCUACGUCGAGCCGCAUACCGUCUUUGGCUGUACUCGAGGGCCUUCCACAGCCAAUUAUUUCCGCGAACCAGUCGCACUCUCCCUUCUGUCGUCCGUGAGCGGGCCGAACUCUUGCACAACUGGCCCACGAACGAACUAGCUGAGAUCGAAGAUUUUCGAUUGGUUAUGCGUGAGGUUGUACAGAGCCAGAUCUGCCCGAGCAAUGAGACGAUCCAAAGAAAGUUUCAGAAAAGGUUCCCGGAGAACACACCGACAUCAACUCAUAUCCACCUAAACUGUCGUUCACUGACACCGCCCCCCUUGUUCCCACUCCUCAACUUCCACUCCAAACCAGCACCUACCUUGUCGUCUAUCGAUAGGAAUAAUUGCCAUUUCCACGCCCUGCAAACAUCUCGCGACAAUAGCAUCAACAGCAACAACAUUGUCACCUCGACAGUUAACAAAUACGCAACCAAAUUCCGCUCCGAUCUCUACCACGAGCCCGGAAUGGAAGGUUGGGGCGACCAGAUUCACCAUUACUAUGUCGUCGAGGACAUGAUGAAGCUGGACCCGUCACAGGUUCUAUGGUUGAGAGAAAACGCCCCCCUCAAGGAACAGGUAGAAAGCUACGUUCGAUCGAUGGGCGACUGGUUCGACAAUAAUGGCGAGACAUUCGGGCAAACGCUGGAAUGGGUAAUGGGUGAACGUGGAGGGGAUUAUAUGGAGUUGCAUUUUUCGAUUGUUGAUGGGGAAGCAGGUAUUGCGGCGAAAGUGAAAAGCUGA